UUUAUGGUACUAAGUCUUGACUCUGAGUCUCUUGACUUGUCCCUAUAAAUUCUAGUUCUAACUAGGGCAUGAGAAUCAAACACUGCCCCAAUAACUUAUUAAAAAAGAAAAAGGAUGGACAAUAUGCCACCAGGUUAUCGUUUCUACCCUACAGAAGAAGAACUUAUUUCGUUCUAUCUUCACAAAAUGCUUGAAGGAGAGAAAGAAUACACGAUUCGUACUGUUAUACCAGUCGUUAAUAUAUACGAUUACAAUCCAUCACAACUCCCACAAAUUUCAGGAGAGGCUAGUAUGAGAGACACGGAACAAUGGUUCUUUUUCAUUCCAAGGCAAGAAAGUGAAGUGAGAGGAGGAAGACCAAAGCGUCUCACCGACACUGGCUACUGGAAAGCCACUGGAUCUCCUAAUCAUGUUUAUUCUUCAGAUAAUCGCAUCAUUGGAGUGAAAAGGACUAUGGUUUUCUAUAGUGGAAGAGCUCCAAAUGGAAAGAAAACUGAUUGGAAAAUGAACGAGUAUAAGGCCAUUCAAAUAGAUGAAGCAUCUUCUUCAAACAAAGCAGCUCCUAAGUUAAGGCAAGAAUUCAGUUUAUGCCGAGUGUACAAGAAAUCAAAGUGCUUAAGGGCAUUUGAUAGACGACCACCACCAAGGAGGGUUACAACCCAUGUUCAAAAUGCUCAAGAGCACCAGAAAGAUUCAAGUUGCGAACAUGAUGUUCAAAUCUCGAUGGACAUAAUUAGUGCAACAAACUCACCAGAGAGCUCUUCCUCUAUAGACCAUGUUCAACAACCCUCACAAGAGGUUGGAGAAGCUAGCCAAAUGGAUAUUGCUGAUUACGAUGCUUUGUUGGAUUGGGAGCAAGUGGAUUGGUUCUUAGGGUCGGAGCCAUGAUAUAGGAGAAAAUUAGACUACGUGCAAGAUUAAAUUUGUGGUGGGGAUUAUCACAAUGACGACAAAUAUCCAAUUCGAUUUUGAUAAAAAUUACACUUAGAGCUUCUAAAAAACCACAGUAUCAACGUGAUAUUGUCAAACUCAUAGUCUGUCCAAACAUAUAUGAUCUGUUACGGAUACAAGUACAAUUAAGUGAUUCAAGUUGAUCGGUUGGAAUUAUUAAUGUCUUGAAUGUUUUGAUUAUUUAUUGGUAGAAACCCCUGAAAAUAAAUUGUGACAAGGGUAACUUAGGUGUCCUUACGAAUCAAUUUGUGGAGGUCAAAAUCUCUGUAAAUUAGUUUAGUCAAUGCAAACAUAUACUAUGUAUGUGUUGCGAAUACAAGUAGUGGAAUCGACUGGAAUUGAUAAUGAUUACGUAGCUAUUUAUGUUUGAAAAAUGAUAUUUGUAC